AUGAUAUCGCAACAGGGUGAGGGCUGGGGGUUUGAAUGUGAUUUGGACGCUAUGGCACGGGAAGCUGGAGAAAGGCGAUAUCCACAUAAAGAUACCACACGACAUAAUACAAGUCGACACGCCAUUAGCUCAAGGAAUUGGCCAAACGGUAGUGAUGUCAAUUCAGAAGGCGAUCAGGAAGGAUACAAUUGGAGCCAGCAAAAAGAGGACGACAUCUGGAACGAUCCUCGUCAAGAGCGGUCGGUACAGAUCGAUACCGAUAAUGCAUGGGGAGUAGAUACUCACGGACCCUGGUCUGCAGCAGAGGGUUACAGGCAUCCCGGCCGUCAAAUGAGAGAAGUGGAGGAGGAGGAACCGGAGCCACUCGAUGAGCUGACGAGCUAUUGGGCGACCCCUUCUGUAUAUGACAUCAUUCGGCCACGCACAAAGCGUGCUCAUGCGUUUUUCACAGAGGCCGGGCCUAGUAAUGCACGCGAGAAUGAUGGCGACAACUGGGGAAGUGAGCCUAACCCUGUCAUGACCUACAAUGGGGAUCAAUAUAUCAGUGAUGUGUUGAUCGAGCAAAGCCAGCGUGAGUUUUGGGGCAUGCGAAAUGGUGAGUGGGUACUCUUGAACCACUCAACGGAUACGAGAAUAAGCCAUAAUCAGCAAAAUGAACAUGGGCUCGUCUCUUCUCCAGGCUAUAGUCUUGAAAAUUCUGACGAAGACGACUAUUUUCCACAGGAUUCACAGGAUUCACAGGAUUCACAGGAUUCACAGGAUUCACAUGAGUCAUACAAUUUCGACGAGGAUGGGUUUGUUGAGGAAAGUGUUUGGAGAAAACCAAGAAGGAUAUUGAAUGGUGAUUUAGAAGAAGAGCGAGUAAUGUCUGAUGAUCGGAGCGGAAGUCCUGCUGACAAGGAUAGCGAAUCAAGUCCACGCUUGAAAGAACCACCAAUAAUCCCCACGGAUCCUGAUGACUGGGGACGUGCGCUGUGGGAGGCAAAAUAUUACCCUGAUGAGGAUGAUGAGGAUGAUGAGGAUGAUGGAGAUAGGGAAGUUGAGUCCAAAAAGCAGAAUGAUAAUGGUCUAGCGCUAGCGACACAAGAUGAUAGUGAUUUGGCAAUACAGGAUACUGGCUCAGUGGAUUCACUUGCAUACCUGAAUUUCCAACGCCCCGCCAAAUCCGAAAGCCCAUCCGAAAGCUCAAGCGGAGGGAAGGGAGCUCCUGAUACAAGCACUAUAGAUGUACCAAAAGAUGGGGUGAGCCUUUGUAAUGUCGGCAUUCUUGUGGACUUAACACCCUCACCCCCACUAUCACCCACUCACUCGACCACCCAGCCUCUACAGAUAUCAGAAUCAAUCCUUGACUCGCUACUUGACUUGGGAAGUCCUCAUGAAUGGUUGAGCCAAAUCGCGAAAAGGAAUUCAGAACAAUCUCAGGUGACUGAAGCUGACCACAAGAAAGAACAAGAGACAUUGACGGGAAAACAAGAGGCAUUGGCGGGAAAACAAGAAACAUUGACAGGAAAAGAGGAGCAAGGCUUACAGGAUAUUAAAGGCUAUAUUGAGCAGGAAAGCAUUACUAUAAUGGAAACGAAGGGCAGAGCUAAAGCCAAAGCCAAAGCCAAAGCCAAGGAGUCAUUCACUCUCAGCGUUGUAGUGGAAACAUGGGAAUUUGGUCGACAAGAGAUUCGUAUUAAUGAGAGGGACGACUUGAAAGAGAAAGUAGACCGCUUUUGUGGACUAUACAAGAUGGAAGGUUAUGAGAUGGCACUGUGGGUAACAGUUGCGGGUGCGUUCAAGAAGAAGAAAAAACGACUUCGUCAACGAAAGCUGGGGUUGUUGCUUUAA